AUGGAUUUCCGCUCAGCAGCCCGCCCCGCGAGCUCCCUCCUUGCCACCGCCGCGCGCCACGCCCAGCCACGCCUCGCUCUCCUCACCGGGCCCCCAACGCAGUGCCGUGGCCACAAGACGACGGCCCGCACCAAGCGCGCCCUCAAAAUCGCGCCCCACGACUCCUUCCUCCCCGACCGCGCCGCCGGCCUCUUCCCCGCCGCCGACGCCAUCAUCUACAACCCGCCCGCCUCGGAAGCCUCGCCCGCCCACACGCCCUUUCUCUUCCUGCCGCCGUCGGACCCCCGCCGCGCCGCCGUCACCCGCAUGCGCGCAUCCACCGGCCUGGCCGCAGGGACCGCCGCGCCGCCUCGACCCGGCGCCGCCAUGCAAUACCCCCGUCGCGCCGACCAGCCCCGCUACCACCUCUCGGCGGAGCAGGUCCAGGAGAUGCGCCGCCUGCGCGACGAGGACCCCCUGACGUGGAGCGUGCAGGCCCUCGCGCGGCGCUUCGACUGCUCCCCGAUUUUUGUCCAGAUUGCCGCGCCCGCGCCCGCGUCGCACACGGCCUGGCUGGAGGAGCAGCAGAGCAGGCGCGAGGGCCGCUGGGGGAACAAGAAGACGGCGGCGCGCGAGGACCGCAAGCGACGCGCGGAGCUCAUGUACCGCGGCGAGCUAUAA